UCGUAAUAGCGAUGACCUGCUCUGACCCAGCUGCUGUUGUUUUUCGCACUCGCAACGAUCCUAAAUAUCCCCGAUAAAUAAACCCAUUUUUGACGGAUUCUGAAGGCCAAUUUUCAAAAUGUCACUUUCUGGGAGCUUAUCCAAUAUGGAAAAUUUCUCACCCCAUGUAAUCCGUCGAAUAUCCAAAGAGAUUGCAGAGCUGAAGUCUUCUCCUCCAGAAGGUAUCAAGGUGCAUCCUAGUGAGGAAGAUAUUACAGACAUCCAUGCUGUCAUAGAAGGACCAGCUGGAACACCCUAUGCAGCUGGUCAAUUUCGAAUCAAGCUGGUGUUAGGCAAAGACUUCCCCAAAGCUCCUCCCAAAGGGUACUUCCUCACAAAGGUGUUCCAUCCUAACGUAGCGAGCAAUGGAGAGAUCUGUGUCAACACACUCAAAAGAGAUUGGAAGGCUGACAUGGGUAUCAAACAUUUACUACUGACCAUCAAAUGUCUUCUCAUCUACCCCAAUCCCGAGUCGGCGCUAAACGAAGAGGCGGGCAAGCUGCUUCUAGAACAGUACGACACAUACUUCUCACGAGCCAAGAUGAUGACCGAGAUCCAUGCUCAGCCUCAUCGUUCCUCCAAAGAAUCGCGGGAGAACGAGGAUUCAAAUCCCUCCACGUCGGGCAGUAACUCACAGCACGGUCCAGCUGCCAAGAAACACGCGGGAGAUAAAAAGGUCGCUCUCGCGGAGAAGAAGAAAAAGGACAAAAAGAGGACAUUGAAGAGAUUAUGAUGUAUGCCAAAUUGAAUCGCCAAUUUCCCCGGAAUAUUCUAACUUAUCAACUUUUUUUUUUCUUGUACAGUGUGUAUACAAACAGAUGACCCUAUCUAUGUAAUUUUCAAUCCACAAAAUGAAAUUAUUGAAUUUUGAUCAUUUUUAGCACAAACAGUAAAAGCCUGAAAUUGGCAUGUUAACUUUAUACUGUCAUUCCUGUUCAUGAGCAAAUAAUUGUCUGAAGAUCAAUAUUGCUUAUAUUUCGUGCUCUCUAAACAUGGGUGCUACAAACUGUAUAAAUUUGUAGAUUAACUCUGUCUUGAGUUGAAUGCCAUCGCUCAAUAUAAUCACGAGCCAUCCAUACUGGUCAGCAUUUUGUAAAACUAUGUGACAUUCUAACAAACUAGAUGUUAUAUAGAGAGGAAGCUCAAGUAUUAGUAAUCAAAACUGCCAUUUGGAUUUAGAACAAUAACAUUACCGAUAUGCUGUAUGAUUAAAAGGGAUAAUUUCAUGAUUUUUCCCAAAUAUUCAAGAGUUGCUUUAAGUUAAGGUUUUCAGGCCUUCUGAAUGUCAAAGGCAUUGCAAAUCGCUCAACUGAAACAAGACCAAGUAGGAAGAAUUAUGAAAUUGUAACAUUUUGUCCUGUACGGUAUCGUACUGUUCUGAACCCAUGUGUUUUAUAUCUUGGUGAUGUGACUUCUCUAAACACAGGACAACUCCAAGAAUGUAUCAUGUUAUGCUUUGUAAUUUGAUUUCAAGUGUGGUAACUUGAUUUCAUGGACAUGACGGAUGAUAACACUGUUGUUACAUCUACAAUAGCUUUUAACUUGUAUCUACUUGAUAAUGAUGAUAAUAAUAAUAAUAAUCUGGAUUUAUAUAGCGCUUAAUACAAUUAAAAAAUACUAUCUCUAAGUGCUUUAGAAAUACUAUUACCCUGGUCAUUGAAUUCAUUCACGCAAAGUGUGCACCAUCUCCAAUUCUCCACUCCCUGGGGAGUAUUCCUACCGUAUGACCACUGUAAGGGCAUAUGGCAUUUACUAAACACAAAGGCUUUCUUCAUCCUACCAGGUCCCCAUUUUUCUCAUGGGUAUGGAAUGGCAAAUGUAGCUUAAUGCCUUGCCAAAGGAGUCAAAGGACAUUAGUGCUGUGUUAGGGAUCGAAAUUACUUUACUACGAAACCUCCUUCCACCAUAUACACAUAGGGAACAAACAUUAAAUUCAGCUUGCAGAUAUUUCAAUCUUAUAUGGCAUUCAUUUUUGAUGGUGCACGGUUACUUAUCAGUGGGCUUAUUAUUUUACAUACGUUUUACAUCCAUUCUUUGGGUAGAAUCCUGUUCUUUUAUCAAACCACAUUCAUGUACUCUUGAAAGAGCAGCUUCUUUUAGAAUAUUACUCAUGUGAGUUUAAAUGAAUUAUGAUUAUCUUUAUCUGACUGUAAAGUGUAAACUUGCUUGGUAAUAUCCCUUUUUCAUAUUAACAUUUUAAUUUCUAUGUGCAUUAGAUCUUAUUAAAUCUGGAGCAGGGUUCCAUCACCCAAUGUACUUGACUGAAAAUCAUGAAAAGGAUAAUCAACCAAUACGCUGUAGGCCCACUGAUCAGGAAAAAAAACCUUGUUGAAAAAAAACAUAUUAUUUUGUAGUUGGUUAAUAUCUGUAUGACAAAAUUAAAUUGAAAACACAGUUUUGUGUAGUUCAUCUUGAAAGCUUUUAAUACAUCGCCCUAAUCAUUCCUUUUUUUAAAUUUAAAAUUGCUGAUAUUUCCCACAUUUUAACUUGAUUGGAGUUGAAGGCAGUGAGUUGUAUCAUGUCAUGGUCAAUUAACAAGUCUUUCUAUAACAAAAUAAGAAGAAGCCAAUCUGAUACAGCAGGGCUAGAAUUCUUUCCAUGAAGGUCCAGAGUGAAAUUUGGUCUUAAGUCUUAAGAUUGCUGCAGAUUUUUUUUUUUUUUUCAAUUAGCUGCAAGGUGGAAAUAUUGUCACCAAGUCUAUUACCAAAACCAGAGGUAACAGCAACUGUAUAAUCGCUAAAUGCAUUCAACUCCUUCAUUGUGAAACUUGAACAGUGCUUACAUGUGUGUUUUUUUUAGAUGAAAACUCACCCUCCAGUAUUUAUACACGUGUAUCACCAAUUGUAAAGUUGUACAUAACGAGAGACUAGAUACACUCCUUAAAAAAUUACAUAUUGUGUCCUGUUGAUUAUUGUGCGUGUUUAUUGAUGCAAUAUUGUUACUGGUAUUUGUGAUGCUAUGAAAUAAAGCAUUUUUUAUUACAUGA